AUGGAUGGAAAGCAUAUAGUCUUACAGGCUCCAGUGCGAAGUGGGACUGAAUACUUUAACUAUAAGUCACAUUUUAGUAUCGUUUUAUUUGCUUUGGUAGACGCUAAUUAUAAUUUUAUUUUUGCUGACGUUGGAGUACAAGGUAGAAUAUCUGAUGGAGGUGUAUUUAAGAAUUCACAGCUUUGUAAAAUGUUGGAAGCUCAAACAUUAAAUUUACCAACGCCAUCAGCAUUACCGGGAAUAGAAAAAGAACUUCCUUUUGUUUUUGUGGCUGAUGAAGCAUUCCCGUUGAAUGAUAAUAUUAUGAAACCCUACUCUGGCAACUACGGUAAAGGUUCAAUGGAACGAGUAUUUAACUAUCGACUUAGUAGAGCUCGGAGGGUAGUAGAGAAUGUUUUUGGUAUUUCAUCAUCAGUUUUUCGUGUACUCAGAAAACCUAUGCUGUUAGAGCCUGAAAAAGCGCAAGUUAUUGUUAUGGCUAUCGUUCAUUUGCACAAUUUCUUAAGGAACAGUAAAGCAUCUAAAAAUAAAUAUACACCACAUGGAUCAUUGGAUUGUGAAGUAAAUGGAUCAAUAGUAGAAGGAACUUGGAGAGAAGCAGGAGUGUCCACGUUGAAUCAAAUUAGAAAUAUUCCACGAAGAUCGACACUAUCAUCUAAAGAUAUCCGUGACACUUACGCACAAUACUUUACGACUACAGGAUGUGUCGCAUGGCAAAAUGAUUAUGCAUAA